AUGAUUCUUUUUCACUACACUUUGAAGGAUGCUGCAGAAGAUUGGUUGAGGUCACAACCCCCUAACAGCAUUCGAACAUGGGAGGACUUGGCGGAAAAAUUUAUCGCCAAAUUCUUUCCAUCCACACGCAUCAGAAAGGCGAAGCAGGAAAUUUAUGCAUUUAAACAUAGCAAAUCUGAAAAUUUGUAUGAGGCUUGGGAGCGGUUCCAAGAACUUCUGAGGAAGUGUCCAGGUCAUAAUAUUUCUACUGGUGAACAAGUGGACAAAUUCUACUCAUCAUUGCGUGAGUACGCAAGAGGUAUGUUGGACGCAGCAGCUAAUAGUGCAUUUGAUUCAUUGCCUGCACACAAAGCUCUUGAGAUCAUCGACAAUUUGGCCACUAGAUCUUCACAGUCAGAUUAUGAUAGAGAGAACCGGGAAAGUGUGCACGAAGUUGGAACAAAUGAUGAUGUUCUCGCCUCCAACAGGAAGUUGUCACAAAAGAUGGAUGCAAUAGUACAACGUUUGGAUGAUCGCAAACUGAGUGCCGAAGAUGCUGCAUUUGAUGAGGAAGUGAAGGCAAUGGGUAAUCCUCAAAACAACCCUUACUCAAAUACUUAUAAUCCGGGUUGGAGGAAUCACCCUAACUUUCUAUGGAGAGAUCAAGACAAGUCUGGAAAUUCAAGGGAGUACUCUAAUCAAAGGACUUAUGGUCAAGAUCAGAAACCUCAACCCUCUCUAGAGCAAGAAAGUGGGAAGAAGAGCCUAGAAGAAAUUGUGGGAGAACUGGUCCAAGCUACUAGCAAGCUUCAGGUGUCCACAGAUAGCUUCAUAAAUGAGUCUAGAAAUAACUUCAAAAACCAGGAGGCUUCAAUAAAAAAUAUGGAGAAUCAGGUCGGUCAAAUUUGCAAACAAUUAUCUGAGAGACCUCCAGACCUCCCAUUCUCUGAAGUUUUAGAAAAGAUGCCUCAAUAUGCCAAGUUCAUGAAGGAGAUACUCUCUAAGAAAAGGAGCUUGAGUGAAGAGAAUGAUAUCGUUGAGCUGACUGAGGAGUGUAGCGCUAUUUUGCAAAGGAAGCUUCCACCCAAACGAAAGGAUCCAGGUAGUUUCACUCUACCUGUUAACUUUGGGGCUUCAAAGGAAGUGAGAGUUUUAUGUGAUUUAGGGGCAAGCGUCAACUUAAUGCCCCUAUCAAUGUUCGAGCGACUUAAUGUUGGAGAGCUGAAGCCAACAAUGAUGAUGCUUCAACUAGCAGACCGCUCCAUGGUGACUCCUUGGGGAGUUGUUGAAGAUGUGCUAGUGAGAGUAUGA